CAAGCUUGUAAUGCGUACAGUUAUCGAACAAUUGAGAGCAAAACUCAUUAAAAAGUGGACGUGCUUAGUUCUAGCUUUAGAUAUUUAAUCAUCAGACCAUAUUACAUAUUGUUCUAUUCUGAAUCGUGAAUGCACAUUUCCAAAAAUAAAUAGAGGAACUCGAGGCUUUUCAUCAAGUGCUGCACAAUCAAAAAUGGAUGACUUUAAGACUAUUGUCAAGAAGAUUUAUGAAAGCGAUGAAUCGAAUCAUACAAUUGAUUUCAAUUAUUCUCGUUUCUUCACAAACCUGAUGAUUCAAAAAUGUCGUAACAAUAAUCCUCAAAAUAAAAUUAUGACAAGACUUUUGACAAUUGAGCGAAAUGGUCAAUUAUUGCCUAAAUUAACAUGCUAUUUGACUCCAACAAAUAUUAUGGUUGCAGACUGUGCUAUAAACGAAGGACAUUCAAAAGGAAUGUUUAAACAUUUGAAACCAGAAUCAGCAUUACAGAAUCUAAAUGUUGAACUGAUUCCAGCUCCGAUACAGUAUUUACCUGAUGCUGCUUUGUUAAUGACUGCUGUUACCAAAUUCACACAUGAAAAAGUUCCGUACUCAAUUAAGAAUGAUCCAGGACUUGCCAUCGCACUUGCAUUGAUUGAGUCAAUCUUUGAAGGCUUUUGGACUAAAUAUGAACUGUAUUUACAAAAUCCAGACGAAGAAAUGAGAGUUAUUGAUGACAACUGCAAUUUCAAUGCCAAGUGGGGUAAAAUUUACUUUUGUGGAUUCAUUGCAAAGAAAAGAACUGAGGCUGAAAAAAAGUUCAUUGCAUUCAUGAUCAUAUUAUCAAUCUUUAAACCUUUGAAUGAUAUUCAAAGUGCUGUAAAUGCUCGAAAGAAGAGAUAUCUGGUCAUUAAAUCAAUGUAUGAUUCCUUGCCAGCUAAUCAGGAUGCUCAAUAUGUUGACACAUUGACAAUGCAGCACUUGGCAAAAUAUUUCAGCAAAUUACCAAGAUUAAAGUCAAUGAUUUUGUCAUGUGCUGUUUUAACCGUUAGAGAAUUGGAUAAUCAGCCAAUUCAUGACUACUUGCUAAAGAUUCUGAUUCCACUUGAAAUGAUUUUGUUUAUCAUAAUUGAUGAGUUUGUUUGCAUGCCUGAAAAAACAAAAGCUCACUGCCAUAAGAAGAUCAUUAAGGAAAUUCAUUACUUCCUAACUGUCAAGCAAAAAUUGAAGGAAAGAUUUGGAGACAAUUAUUAUUUUGCUAAGCUCUUGGAUCCAACAAUAAAAGAAGUGAAUGUGGGAAAUUGGAAACAUUUAGGAGCUUUGGCACUAAUGAGUGCAAAUGUAAAGUAUCCAAAGACAGAACAACUUAAGGUUCUGGGAUUAUUAUAUGAAAUCGAUUAUCCAGAACUGUUGAUGAAUGUUAUUAAUCCGAAUUCUGUUGGGCGUGCUGAUUCUGGUCUACGUGACAGCGAUUUGUUCUUGAAAGCUAUGUAUGGCAAUUAAGGAUUAUGGUGAUGAACAAUUCAUUCUGACACUUAUUUUUUUUUUCCUUAUAAUUUUUACUUUUGAUUGUUUCUACUUUGAAAAUUUUAAUAAAUCUAAU